AUGGCCACAAACGACCUCAUAUCACCAGCAUACUACUACUACGUUGAUCCCGGUGCCGUGUAUCAACCACAACAACCAAAUCCACUGGAAGACUUGAUCUCUGUAUACGGAUUGCAAGACGUUUCACGACAAGUGGCCCGUACCAACGCAGACGGUUCGAAAGCCGUGAAACUGCGGAAAUCGUACAAGAACCAGAUCAGUGAUUUGUCGGGCAAAUUUUCUGCCAUUCCCACGCGCGAAAACGGCAAAGCGGGCGACAUUUCUCAUAUUUUGUUUCAGAAUAACCCAGAUAUGAUGGCACAAGUGACCAGGACCGCAGGAAUGUCCGACGAUCAAUGGCGACAGCUCAUGAUGGAUAGAGACUCGGCCAUAUUUAACGACCCGAAUAACAUCAACUGGAACGCCUGUCAAGCCGUUCUAUCCCAGUUUGACAGGAGUUACCCGGGCGAGUUCCAGUCGCACGGAUUCCAAGUCGAAGACCUGGCCUUUGAUCUAGACGGUAGUGGGAACGCUAUCAAAAACCGGAAGCGUAAGGCCAAGUCCGGUGGUAGCUCCAUGGCCACGCCGAACAGCGACAUUCAGGACGACAUGAAGCGGCGCAGACUCGAAUGA